AUGGCGGCGAUACAGGCUGUUGACGAGAAAAGCCGGGUCGAGCACCGGGACGCCGUCCUCGAUUCAAAAAGUGAUGAGUCCAUUGACACACCCAAUUGGGCCGUGGAGGAAGAGAAGGUCGUGCGCAGGAAGUUGGACAUGCAACUGGUGCCAACCGUAACCGUUCUGUACCUGCUCUGCUUCCUUGAUCGCGUCAAUAUCGGCAAUGCUCGCAUCCAAGGCAUGGCGGAUGAUCUGAAUCUCAUCGGAUACCGGUUCAAUAUCGCCACGAGUAUCUUCUAUAUCGUCUACCUUACUAUCGAAGUGCCUUCCAACAUCAUACUCAAGCGUGUUGGUCCGCGAUUCUACAUUCCUGGACUUGUAUUUUGCUUUGGCAUCGUGUCGCUAGGCACAGCUUUCGUCAAAACUUUCGCCCAGCUUUGCGUGGCGCGUGCCUUGCUGGGCAUCUUUGAGGGUGGAACAAUGCCGGGCAUUGCCUUCUUCCUGAGCUCAUUCUACAGGCGAGAAGAGCUUUACUUCCGAAUUGGCAUCUAUGUCUCAGCUUCUUCGAUCGCUGGUGCUUUUGGUGGACUCUUGGCGGCAGGUUUUUCGCAGAUCCCAGAAUGGGGUGUCGAGGGCUCAAAGUUACACACGUGGCGCAACAUAUUUUUCUUUGAGGGUAUCCUCACCAUGAUCGCGGCAGCGCUGGCACCCAUCAUCUUGCCACAGAGCCCGGGCACCAAUAAGCGUCUCACCGCGCGAGAACAGUGGAUUGCUGUUGAGCGGCUUCGCUUGGAGCACAAGGCGCGUGCCAACGAGAAGGUACAGGCGCACCACGUCAAGCGCGCGCUGCUCAACAUCAACAACUACGUGUGUGCUGCUGGCUUCUUCGCUAUCAACAUCACCGUCCAGGGCCUUUCCGUCUUCAUGCCGACCAUUCUGAAAGAGCUUGGCUAUGAAUCUCUGGAGGCGCAGUACUACACGGUCCCCGUCUAUGUGGCUGCUUCCCUUGUUGCCAUCCUCAUCGGCUUCAUCAGCGACAAGACGCGGAUGCGUGGUCUCUACCUCGGCCUCUUCACUUUCCUGGGCAUCGCCGGUUUCUCCAUGUUGCGAUGGGGCGCGACGGGCUCCGUAAAGUACGCGGGCGUCUAUCUCUGCGCCGUCGGUGCCUUCCCCGGCGGCCCCGGGUUCCUGUCCUGGGGCCUCAACAACGCGUCUGGUCCCGCCGUACGCGCCGUCACCAGUGGCUGGAUCGUGUCGCUCGGCACCGCCGGUGGCAUCCUUGCCGUCUGGGCCUACCUGCCCGAUGACGGGCCCAACUUCCCCAUCGGCCACACCAUCAACCUUGUCGCUCAGAUCUUCAUCCUGUUCCUGUCAGUAUUUGGCGUCGCCUACGUCGUGCGCGAGAACCGGCUGCGCGCACGCGGUGGACGCGACAAUCGCCUGGUGGGGAUCACAGAGGAGCAGAAGGCCGACCUGGGACACCUUCAUCCGGAUUUCAGGUACAUCACAUAA